AAAAUUUAAUUAAAUAAUCAAUAAAAUAAAUAAAUAAAAUAUAUAUAUAUAUAUAUAUAUGCAUGUAUACAUUCAUAAAACUCAACCGCCACAUAGCUUUUUGCACACUGCUUCCAUUGCGUGCGUGGUUUAGUCUCGCAGAAUUCUCUCCAUGGAUCCAUACAAGUGCCGUCCUUCGAGCGCUUUCAAUUCGCCUUUUAUGACCACAAACUCCGGAGCUCCGGUUUGGAACAAUGACAACUCGUUGACGGUUGGAACCAGAGGUCCAAUUCUACUGGAAGACUACCAUUUGGUGGAGAAACUCGCGAAUUUCGACCGCGAGAGGAUCCCAGAACGUGUUGUACAUGCCCGAGGUGCGAGUGCCAAAGGCUUUUUUGAGGUCACACAUGAUAUAUCCAACCUCACCUGUGCUGAUUUCCUCCGAGCUCCAGGAGUCCAGACUCCUGUAAUCGUUCGAUUCUCUACUGUCAUCCAUGAGCGCGGCAGCCCUGAAACUCUCAGGGACCCCAGAGGAUUUGCAGUCAAAUUCUACACAAGAGAGGGAAACUUCGAUUUGGUUGGAAACAACUUCCCUGUCUUCUUCAUCCGAGAUGGAAUAAAAUUCCCCGACAUGGUUCAUUCCUUGAAGCCGAAUCCCAAGUCCCACAUCCAGGAGAACUGGAGAAUCCUGGAUUUCUUUUCCCACCAUCCCGAAAGCCUACACAUGUUCACCUUCCUCUUCGACGACAUCGGCAUCCCGCAAGAUUACCGCCACAUGGAUGGCUCCGGCGUCAACACCUACACUCUAAUCAACACUGCUGGAAAAGUCCACUACGUUAAGUUCCAUUGGAGGCCUACCUGCGGAGUGAAGUCUCUGUUGGAGGAAGAAGCAAUUCGAGUUGGGGGAGCCAAUCACAGCCAUGCCACUCAAGAUCUGUACGAUUCAAUUGCAGCAGGAAACUAUCCAGAAUGGAAGCUGUUCAUCCAGACUAUAGAUCCUGUCCAUGAGGACAGGUUCGACUUCGAUCCGCUGGAUGUAACCAAGACUUGGCCUGAGGAUAUAUUGCCCCUGCAGCCGGUGGGGAGAAUGGUGUUGAACAAGAACAUCGACAACUUUUUUGCAGAGAAUGAGCAGCUUGCAUUCUGCCCUGGUAUUAUUGUUCCGGGGAUUUACUAUUCGGAUGAUAAGCUGCUCCAAACUCGGGUGUUUUCGUACUCUGAUACUCAAAGACAUCGUCUGGGGCCUAACUACCUCCUGCUUCCGGCUAAUGCCCCCAAAUGUGCCCAUCACAACAAUCACCAUGAAGGGUUCAUGAACUUUAUGCACAGGGAUGAAGAGGUAAACUAUUUCCCAUCGAGAUAUGACCCUACCCGUCAUGCUGAGAGGUACCCUAUUCCAACUGUCGUAUUGACAGGGAAGCGCGACAAGGUGUCCAUUGAGAAAGAGAACAACUUCAAGCAACCUGGAGAGAGAUACCGUUCUUGGGCGCCAGACAGGCAAGAAAGGUUCAUUCGGCGAUGGGUAGAAGCUCUGUCGGAUGGACGGCUGACACACGAAAUCCGAAGCAUAUGGAUUUCAUACUGGUCUCAGGCUGACAAGUCUCUGGGGCAGAAGCUCGCAUCCCGACUUAAUGUGAGGCCAACAAUGUGAUUGUGAUCAUGGAAUAGAGGCAGGGCAGGGACAGCAGCUAUUGUUUGUUGGAAUCUAUCUCUUUCUCUCUCUUUUUCUCUCUCACUUAUUUAUGGUUCGCCUAGCGUGUUUUUUUCGUCGGGUCUGAUUUAUAGGGUAUUGAAUUCGGUCAAAAAUUUACCCAAUGUGUAUUUUCGGAUAGCGACUGCGAAUUCUCAAGUUAUAAAUAAUAAUAAUAAUAAUAAUAAUAAGAAAUGUACUAGUAGUGAUGGUGAGAAGUGGUGUCUUUCAGUGUCACUAAAAACAACCAUCUCAUAUAUCAUAUACCUAAUUAUCGUUA